CGCAUAGUAAAAAAAAACUUUGAGUAGACAGAGAGAAUCCAUCCCUCACAAAACCCAAAAACCAAAAAAAGAAAAAACUCACUCAAGAACAAAUCGAAAUCUCAAACUAUAUGAAACCUUGUCUUCCUUCGUCUUCUCCUUAGGUUUUAUCUUCAAUGGAUGCUUGAUUUGCUCUGGUUCUGCGUUUGGUGAGUAGCAUUUAACUAUGAAUCCUGAAUGUAUCAUGGCUGCUGAUGGGACGGGCUCUGCUCUUGCAAAUGGUUGUUUAACAGUGGAACAUGUCGGUGUUGAAGGAAAUGGUGUUGAUUCUGGAGAGACUUUGGAUACUGCUUCAGAUAGUCAGAAUGAGAAUUCGGGAGACAGUUCCAAUUUGGAAGCAGUUGAACCCCCGAAAGCGACAGCUGAGGUCACACAAGGUGUAAAUGUAGAAGAUCCAAAGCAUGUUAAAUGCGAAAAGGCUCAACGGAAGCUUAAGCAUGAGAAACUCCCAAGUGGUAAGAAUGUUCCAUCGGUACAUGUCAAAAAGAACAAAGGUGCAAUUGCUAAAGUGGCAGUAACAAAUGGUUCUGUUGCGCCUAAUGCACACACAACAAAUUCUCAAAAGAAAGUAUCAUCCAAUGGUAGAACGGCUAAAGCAACGGAGCAUGGAAAGCAAGACUCUGCACCAGCUGAAAGCGCCACCGGGGACAAGGUGAAACCAAAGCCUCAAAAGAAACAAGCCCAUGAGACAUCUGAAGAUGAUACUCAGUCUUCUAAUAGCCCCAAGGCAGACGAUGGUAAACCUCGGAAAGUUGGUGCACUUCCAAAUUAUGGUUUUAGUUUUAAAUGUGACCAACGGGCAGAGAAGAGAAGAGAGUUCUAUGUUAAGCUUGAGGAAAAGACUCAUGCGAAAGAAGAGGAAAUUAAUAACAUGCAAGCCAAGUCCAAGGAAACAGAAGAAGCUGAGCUUAGGAAGCUGAGGAAGAGCUUGAACUUCAAAGCCACACCCAUGCCUAGCUUUUCUCAGCCGCCUAAAACAGAGUUAAAGAAGAUACCACCAACAAGACCCAAAUCUCCAAAACUGGGGAGAAAGAAGACUGAUUCUGAAGAAACUCAAACCCCUCGCGUUGGUAGGCUGAGCCUAGAUGAGAAAGCCUCUAGGGAUAACCCAGUUGCUAAGGGAAAUGUGGCAACAGUUGAUCCCAAGAAGCAACCGUUGCGUAAGUCACUUCCAAGAUUGCCAUCUCAGAAAACAGCUCUCCCUGAUGGAAAACCUACCCCAGCAAAAGCAGCCACAACCUCAGCAAAGGUAAAGAAACUUGAAAAAGGUGCAGAAACCCAAAACCAGUCUUCACAUCCCAUAGAAGAGGUAGCACAAGUGACUGCAUCAGCCAAUGGUGAUGGGGAAGACUCGCGGGAGAUUGUAUCUCCAAUGAUGGAUGAAGACAGAGCCGAGUCCAGUGAGGUAUCUGAAGCGGUUGCUGUUGAGCAUUAA